UAGAAAUUAGAAAUAGGUUUAUGUCUUGUGUGUAUCUCACUACCGUCUACCUGCUCUCCGUUCUCACUCUCUCUGUCGUCUCCGUCAUCUCUCCGCCGCCCCCGCCUCCUCAGCUUACAGCAGCAGUGCGCCGCCCUCACCUAGUCUUCCCCGUCGCCCCACCCACCUCCUUCGGCCUCGGCACCUUCGCAGUUUCCAACGCUAAGGUUCCCAACAACAGAAUCUGUACAAAUUAGAGUCUUAUCUUCAUUGCUUUAAACAUUGACCUCUGGUCAAACAGCGGCCAGCAACUCCGGUUACUGUACUCACUCCAGCUAUAAACAAGAGAUAUGUAAUUUGGCGGUUUCAAGCAUGUAAAAAUAUAUUGGACUUCACGCUGAUGUAGCAGCUGGUGUACUUCCUUUCUAUUACUGCUUUAAUUUCGGGUGUCAAAAUGCUGAAUUUAGCUUUUUUAAUUUUGUUCAGUGCUUGAAAUAUGAGAAUGUUUAGGUUUUUAGUGAAUCUGUCUCCAAGUACAAUUCUCUUUUUUUUUCCCAUACCAACAGAUUUGAUGAAGUUUCCCAAAAGCAGGAAACAACAAAGAAGAUGCGUGUUUGCUAGCUGCAUUGUUGGCAUGGGCGGCAUUGGAAAUACGACUCUCAGGCGCAAAAACUGCCAUUUUCUAGGAAAUGCGUGUCUAAUGCUCAACUUUAGCCGAUAUGAUGACCUCUUUUCCAGGUUGUAUAUCGCUGUCUGGCUGAGUCCACAAAUGGAAACUAUCAUCAUCAUUUUUUCCCUCUUUGUCAGAUCACUGACAACAAAUAAUGCUGCGGAGGAUAAAAAGCAAAUUGUACCUAUAGAAAGUUUAAAUCUCAUACUAAAUAUGAGGAGGAAGCAAAGUGCAUUAAAAACAAAAACAAACUAUGAAUCCUCAGAAGAGCAGAAACCUUGUUUGGAUUUAGUUACUACAACGAAGCAAGUGUCCAGCUCAAAUUAUGUUAGCUGUGAUGAAAAAUUAUCCAAAUCAGAAAGAGUUCCUCUGAAUAGUGUUGAAGAUAAUGAUAAAGGUGUUUCUGAAGAAGAUUCAGAAACCAAUCCUGAUGUUGUAAUGAUAGUAUCACUGCUGCUAAGUGAUUCUCCACGAUCACUGACAAUAAAUGCUGCUGCUGAGGAUAAAAAGCAAAGCGUACCUAUCGAAAGGGCCUUGAAAACAGAGGCAAUUUAUAUAGUAAAGUGUAGGGCAGCUGGUAUUUGUGAACUAAUACCUUUGUUAAAUAAAAGUCAGUGUGAAGCUGUAGUUGAAUUAGGCUUUAAUGAAAGAACUGGGAUACAUUUCUUGGCGGAUUAUGAGCUGGUUUUGGAGAAACUUUAACCAAAAAAGCAGAGUCUUAAGCUUUAAAAACCAGAAAACCAUCGUCGUUACUUCUAACGACGUUGAGGAUAUUUUCAUGAUCCCAAAAAACGGGCCAGAUGUUUUAUUGAAUUCAAAAGAGGACUCGGACAUUUUUAUAAUGAUCCAUGAGUUCAAACAAAGAUUUGAUUUAAAGGAAUCUGGUACUCAUGCACAGCUUUUAAAUAUUCUGAAGCACAACAAUGCUUUGAAAGAUGGAGCUAAUGAUUUCAAAAGAAUUUUCAUCCUCUACAUAAUGUCUGCAUUCUUAGCUUCUACAGCAAACCAAAGUGUUGAUUUUAGUUUCUUCAAAACAUUGACCAAUAUUGAAAGAGUAAAAUCUUUUAAUUGGUCCAAGUUUGUGUUAGAAAGGAUGUUUUGAGGGUUUGACCCAUUAUUAGUGGCUGCCCACUAAUACUAAUUAUACUCUAUCUCCAACGGUUCAAAUGGCUUGGCGAUGCCGAGCCAACCGAUCUUCCUUUGAUAAAACAUUGGACUGCUAAGAGAAUAAAAUUAAGAUUAGAAGCUGAAAAGGAUGCUGGAGAUUUUGGAGUUGGUGAAUAGGUAGAGGGUGUUUACCCUAUUAGUAAUGGAAGAAAAGAAACACAAACUAUGGAAGAACUAGUAGGGCAAGAAGCAAUGGUUGCAAAACAGGAAGCAUUAAGGGGACAUGAAAUAGUCUCAUUCCUAGAGGAAGACUGUAUUGAUGAGGAAAGGGAUGGAGUUAGGUGGAUCAAGUACUGGCUGCCUGAUUAUGAAAAAACAAACUUGGAGAUAAAAAAUAUUGCC